AUGGGAGACAACAGGCGUAGUGCAGCUGAGGGGCAAGGGGAGGGGUGUGGGGGCUCUGCAGAGGGGGCUUUCUCUGCUCCUUAUGCGGCGCUAUGGGAGGCGCUGGGCGCAGUGCAGCUGAAGGGGAAGGUGGGCGCGCUGCAGAGCGGGCUGGAGGCGAGCAUGAGCGAGUUUGGAGAGAAAUUCUCUGUGGGGCAGCGCCAGCUCCUGUGCCUCGCACGUGCUGUGCUGCACCGCAGUCGCAUUGUGCUGAUGGAUGAGGCAACGGAGAACGUGGACUGGGCGACAGAUGUGGUCAUCCAGAGCACCAUCCGCUGCCACUUUGCCGCCAGAACCGUCAUGACCAUCGCCCACCGCCUGCACACCAUUGUCCACGCGCACAAGGUGAGACUGCCUGCAAUGGCAUUUGCAGAGAGAGGAGAGGUGGGCAGAUGA